GAAAUUAUUGAAUAGGAAUUCUAUAAUAAGGGUUUUGGAAUCAGUUGAGUUGACUUACUUAAUUUGCGUGGGGUGCAAGUGGAUUUGGAUGAAUAUAUAGAGCGCACAGUUCAUAUCCUCAUAUCAGCAUCUGCAAACUAAGUCAGACUUAUAAAAUUCCCAGUCAAAUUGUCUCAUUCAUUUGUAGUACCUGAAUAUCUGGUCUGCACAUUGAAGGCAAAGCUAGCCAACACUAUAUGGAGGAAUUGGAAGCUAAUUCUACACAAAUGGCUCCGGUACCUGAAAGCGCAGGAGACAACAAUCGGUUGCAAGAAGUUUCUGGGCUUAUAAAGGAUGCUGCUGAUGAAGAGCUAAAUCUGAAAGCCAGAAUUGAAGGGGCUGAGAAGCUGCUUGCAAAGACCAGGCAAGAUAAACUUGAGCUAACUGAAGGCAUAGCGCAAAGGGUGUGUGAUCGGAGCUCUACCCUUCUUCCUCGGUUGGAAAACUUAAAUUGGCAUGAAACAGAACUCGGAUACUUCUUGGCCCGGGAGAGGAAGAAAAUGAAUAUAUUGCAACUAUUUCUGCUUGGUUUCGCAAACAAAGCUCACCAAGGAAAACCAAUUAAGCCCUGCUUGCCAGGAGAAGAGAUAGCUAAACAUAAAUUGAAUUUCCGGAUGGGACAUGGAACCAACAGUUUGGCUGAGGAAAAACAGCUUCUAAAACAGAUCAUUGUGAGCCCGAAGGAGAUCUAUGUGAGCCCGAAGGAGGGUGUUGGUUCAUUUUCCUCAUUGGAAAAUGAAUAUUAUGUGCUUUCUAAAAGUAGUUGGUGGUUGAUUCAGAGACUAUAUCAUACAACUCAGAGAAAAAUAGUUCAAUACCACCUAAGACAAAUCCACCAACUUAAAUGGCGAAGGGAGAGUUUGGCAGUUCUAUUGCUAAGGCAAUGGGAUGAACUUAUUGCUGCUGCCAAUGCUGCUGCCAAGGGAAAGAUUUGGGAUUUUUUGGGUUCAAAAAAGUCCUUACUGGAACAAAUCAAAAAAACUGUUAAGGAGAUAGAUGGAUUAACUGAAUUACUAUUGGCUGUGCGGCAAAAAAUUAAGCAAGUUGAGAAAGAACUGAAGGUCAUUGAGAAAGAUAUAGAGUCCUUGCAGCAAAAACUGCAAUCGAUGGAUCAGAGGAAGGGUGAAGCACACCAAUGCAUUCUCAAACAGAGAAAACAACUUUUGACCAAAAAGAAAAAAACAGAGAAAACAACUGAGUGA